AUGUAAUUAUCAUAUGAUGAACUAUGCUAAAAUAAAUUGUUGGCUUUUACUAUAUUUUCUAAAGUGAAAGCACCCUCUUCAUUAAUUGAGGUAUAAUAAAAGUUUAAAAAAGUAAAGUGAUACAGCUGAAUUUAAAUUGGCAUUACAAGAACACAGAUCUAGAGUUUCAACUACUCUUUAUUGUUCAGUACUAUCAUCAUUUACUUUUUGUUUAAUUUUGAAAAUGAGAAAUCCUAUUUAUGCAUUGACAGCAAGGUAUUUAUAUAAUUUUAUAAAAUAAGAUCAUCUUUUUUUGGAGUAUUAAAAAAAUACUAUUUUGUUCCUGUUUUGCUUUCAUAACCAUUUUAAACAUAAAAUAGAUAACUUUAUGAUGAAAAAGUGGAUAAAGUUUUGAAAAAAUAUGAUUUUACUACUCCUGAAUUUCAAUAAGCCUUUAAAUAGAUUGAAGCUGAUGGAGGUUUAAAGAAAUUUAUGAAAAAGUAUCUUACAGAGAAAGAUGAAGAACCUUAACAACCUGUUUAGCAAACAUAAUAAUGAG